AUGUCCACAGCUGUCGACAUGGCGGGCCCCUCGUCUCCAGACCAGGCCCACAGCAGCAGCACUAAAAUCCCCCAUGAGCCCCUGCGGCCCAGUCUGAGGCGCUCCAGUCACCCCUACAGCCUUUCCCACUACAUGAGCGGCCCUCAGGAGGUGAAGGGCCCUCAGCCCUCAGAGGCUCCGGAGCAGAAGAGUGCUCAGCAGUCCCACAAAGCGCGCAGGGCUCCUGUGGCCGUGUGGCCCGACAUGUGGGAGUCCCCCAGCGGCCUGCACCUGGCCCACGCCGCAGAGCUCCUGAUGCGGGCCGGUCUACUGGCCCUGACCCCCGCCGCAGCAGAGCAGGCUUCAGGGGCCCAGCCCGGGGCUCCCAGGCGGGACAGUGCAGAGGCGAAGAGGGCUGAGGGCUCGGGCCCUGAGGAAGAAGAGGACGACUCACCUGGAUGUGGGGCGGACUACCAGCCGUACCUGGGCGCCUGGUUCCCCUUCAGCCCGGCUCUUUUCCCCCUGGCGGGCUUCCAGAUGGGGGGAGGUCAGUGGAGGAGCGCGGGCCUGGCUGCGGACAGCUCGGACGGGCUGGGGGCAGAGGGUCUGUCCCCGAGCUCGUUAGGGGGCGCGGGGAGCAGCCGGAGGAAGAGGAAGAGGUGUCGCGAAUGCGUCCCGUGCCGACGCCAAACAAACUGUGAACAGUGCAGCAGCUGCCGCAACCGCAAGAGAGGACAUCAGAUCUGUAAAUACAGGAAGUGUGAGGAGCUGAAGAGAAAGCCCGGCAUCGAGGGCAGGGCAGCGGGGUUUGAGGGGCUGAGGGGCUCUGACUUCACUUUGGGCAUGUCGCAGGAGCGCAGUCCUGGGGCACUGGACGGAUAG